CCUAUAAAGAAGGCGCCCGAGGGUUGGCAGGUUCAGUGGCAGCCGGGCGAGCGGCGACAACAGGCAGGAGUCCUGAGCGACAGCGGCGAGCAGAACUACGGCGAGCGGGUAUCCCGUUCUGCUUCCAGAAGUGGAAGUGCACAUGGAUCGGGGAAGUCUGCAAGGCAUGCCCCUGCAAGGUCUCGCUCCAAGGAAGACUCCAGGCGCUCAAGAUCAAAGUCAAGGUCCAGAUCUGAAUCUAGGUCUAGAUCUAGAAGAAGUUCUCGGAGGCAUUAUACAAGGUCACGGUCUCGAUCCCGCUCCCAUAGACGUUCCCGUAGCAGGUCUUACAGCAGCCACAGCCACUCUCCUAUGGCUACGCGAAGGCGUCAUGUUGGGAAUCGGGCAAAUCCUGAUCCCAACUGUUGUCUUGGCGUGUUUGGUUUGAGCUUGUACACCACCGAAAGAGAUCUCCGAGAAGUGUUCUCUAAAUAUGGCCCCAUUGCCCAUGUGUCCAUUGUGUAUGACCAGCAGUCCAGGCGUUCCAGAGGAUUUGCCUUUGUGUAUUUCGAAAAUGCAGAUGAUGCCAAGGAGGCUAAAGAACGUGCCAAUGGAAUGGAACUUGAUGGACGUAGGAUAAGAGUUGAUUUCUCUAUAACAAACAGACCACAUACCCCAACACCAGGAAUUUACAUGGGAAGACCUACCUAUGGCAGCUCACAUCGCCGUGAUUAUGACGACAGAGGCUAUGAUCGAGGAUAUGAUGUUCGGGAUUACUACAGCAGGUCAUACAGGGGAGGAGGUGGAGGAGGAGGUGGAUGGAGAGCUGCACAAGACCGGGAUCAAAUUUACAGAAGAAGGUCACCUUCUCCUUACUACAGUCGAGGAGGAUACAGGUCACGUUCUCAAUCUAGAUCUUAUUCACCACGUCGUUAUUAGAGCAUGAAGUUGGAAAGUUUCUGAAACCUGCCAUAGAGCUGGAAUAUUGUUUGUUGACAAUAUUUU